GCACUCUCCUCCCCUCCACCAGAAUACCUGAAUUCACUCCCUCUCCCCGCAAAAAUCCGUUCCAACUUCCCAUCAUCGCAUCUUUUCCGAUUCAACAAAAAACCACCCGAUAUGGCGCCAACGAAGGGUGAGAAAAAGCCGGUGGCGGAGAAGGCACCGGCUGGGGAGAAGAAGCCGACGAAGGCGGAGAAGAAGAUCCCAAAGGAAGGCGGCGUGGAGAUGAAGAAGAAGAAGAAGGUGAAGAAAUCGACGGAGACGUACAAGAUAUACAUCUUCAAGGUGCUUAAGCAGGUCCACCCGGACAUCGGGAUCUCCAGCAAGGCCAUGGGGAUCAUGAACAGCUUCAUCAACGACAUUUUCGAGAAGCUCGCUCAGGAGGCGUCACGUUUGGCCAGGUAUAAUAAAAAGCCAACGAUCACGUCGAGGGAGAUCCAGACCGCCGUCAGGUUGGUGCUGCCCGGCGAGCUCGCCAAACACGCCGUGUCUGAGGGCACCAAGGCCGUUACUAAAUUUACCAGUUGUUGAUUUUCUUUUUAAUUUUUAUGAUAGGCUCUAUUUGGGAACGUCCUUUUUUUGUGUUAAUAUUAUUUUUGACGUGAAUAAUAUACAUGCAUGCAGUUGUUUUUAUGUAAUCGGUUUUUAUUUGGAUUUUUCCACGAAAAAUAUAUUCAGAUGUGAUGAACCAGUGAAAUAGUGGGCAAUUCGCGUCGUUUUU